UCAGUGGAGAUCAGAAUAGAUUCUAAUAUGUUUGUACUAUCUCCAUGAAACGCUUUAGUUUUUAAGAGCUCUAAUUAAAGUAAGAAGGUGGCAAAGAGAGGAGAUCUCACGAAUGCGAUUGGAUGAUUCCAAUGGAUUGUUAAUGGAAUCUAUUAGCAUCGGCCAAUCUCAUUUGGGAUGCCGGGAAGGCCUGCUCAGCAGUAAUAGUGGCAUAUGUAUGCUCUUGACAUGACCUUGACAUAACCAUAUUAUGGUCUAACUGGUCUAAGUCUUAGACACUAAGGUGUUCCCCAUAGACUAGGGAUUUUUUGAAAUACUGUGUUUCUCUUAUUCUGAUAAUUCCCCUAGUAUCGACGAUCGACUCUAUACAUACACACAAAGCACACACACAUCAUACUAGCCAUAGUAUAGCAUAGACAGUAGUCGUCGUUGGUCGUCGUCACUGUCACUCGUGCUCGGGUGAGCUCGGGUUACCCGAGUUGAGUACCAGAGUUGGGUAUAGCGUACAGCUGAAGCAAGUGCGAAACAGGGUAAAGUGCUCGAACCUCGAACUAACUUGACCCCAGAUCCUUAUGUUGUUUGAGUUCGAGUAAAUUCUACCAAUACGGAGUUGAACUUGUUGACGGGGAGAUGGCUGAUUUUCUAGAUUCCGAAGCGGAAGAAAGCGAGGAGGAGGAGGAGUUGGAUGAAAAUGAAAAGAAAAAGUUGAAGAAGAUAAAGGCCGUCGAAGAGAGCGAAGAGGAGGAGGAGGAAGAUGAUGAAGAUCGCUUACGCGAGGAACUUAAGGAUCUGAUAGACGACAAUCCCAUCGAAGAAAGCGAAGGAGAGGACAGCGAUGGAUCUGGUACUUCGAAAAAACGUAAAAAAAGCGACGACGAGGACUUUGAUGAUCGCCUGGAGGACGAGGAUUAUGAUUUGAUAGAAGAAAAUUUAGGUGUUAAAGUUGAAAGGAAACGUUUCAAACGCCUCCGCAGGAUACAAGAUGAGGAAUCUGAAGAAGAACAAGAAAAGGAGGUGGACGAGGAUAGGGAUGCUAUCGCGAAUGAGCUAUUCGAGGGUUCUGGAGACGAAAGAGAAAUUAGUAUGGAAGACGAACGGAGAAGCGAACGGAGCCACAGGCCGGAAGUGGAGACGUUCGACGAGGAAGGAAGCGAAGGGGAGUACACCGACGCGGAUGAUUUUAUUGUCGACGAUGACGGCAGACCGAUCGCCGAGAAACGUAAAAAGAAAAAGCCUAUAUUUUCGGACGCGGCAUUGCAAGAGGCUCAAGAUAUUUUUGGUGUUGAUUUCGAUUACGAUGAGUUCGGUAAGUAUGGCGAGGAGGACUAUGAGGAAGAAGAAGAGGAGGAGGAGGAGGAGGACGAAUACAUGGACGAAGAAGAUGCCGAAAGACCGAGAAGACCAAAGAAACAAUUGAAGAAGAAAACCACAAGAAAGAGUAUCUUCGAAAUUUACGAACCCAGCGAACUGAAACGUGGCCAUUUCACCGACAUGGACAACGAAAUACGCAACACGGAUAUACCUGAAAGAAUGCAGCUCCGUUCGGUUCCUGUUACACCUGUCGCAGAGGGUUCUGAUGAGUUGGAUCUGGAAGCCGAGUGGAUCUAUAAGCAAGCGUUCUGUCGCCCGACAAUCUCUAUUCAAGACGCUCACUUGAACGCCGAGGCCAAAGAGAGAGCUCGAAAGGGACCGCAGACGAUUGGCAAAAUUAAAAAAGCUCUAGACUUUAUGCGGAAUCAACAUUUCGAAAUUCCGUUCAUAUCGUUUUACAGAAAAGAAUACGUUCUGCCGGAGCUGAAUAUCAAUGACCUUUGGAAGGUGUACAAAUUCGACGCGAAAUGGUGUCAGCUGCGCCAGAGGAAGGAUAAUCUAUUGAAAUUGUUCGAAAAGAUGCGAAACCACCAGCUCGACGAGAUCAUGAAAAAUCCCGACGCUCCGUUGGCCGACAACGUACGAGUGAUCAAGGAUGACGACAUAGAACGGCUGAAGAACGUGCAAACCAGCGAGGAAUUGAACGACGUGUACCAUCAUUUCAUGCUCUACUACAGCCAGGAGAUUCCGGCGAUGCAGGAGUCUGUUCGACAAAAAGAGAAAGAGGCGCGACGAGAAGCAAAGCUUCUAAAGCGUAGGCAACAGCUCGCGGAAGCCGAAGAAAACGGCGAGGAUCCGCCUCCGGAGGAAGAACCGGAAGUCGAGCUGGAGGAGGAGCCAGACGAGACUUUGAAACAAGCAGUACGGACUGGCCCGUACUCGAUCUGCAGGCGAGCCGGACUCGAUGGUUUGGCGAAGAAAUUCGGCCUGACGCCGGAACACUUUGCCGAGAAUCUGCGAGACAAUUAUCAACGACACGAGGUGGACCAGGAGCCCACGGAACCGUUGAGCAUCGCGAGCGAGCACUGCAACCAGAUUCUCGGAACGCCGGAAGAGGUGCUGAAGGCCGGGCAGCUGAUGGUGGCGAUACAGUUGGCCCGCGAGCCACUGGUCAGAAAAUGUGUACGGGAAAUGUACAUGGAAAGAGCGAAGAUAUCGGUGAAACCAACGAAAAAGGGGGUCAAGGAGAUCGACGAGAACCAUCCUAUCUACGCUAUGAAGUAUCUGAAGGACAAGCCCGUGCGUGAUCUCGUCGGUGAUCAGUUCUUAAAUCUGAUAAUAGCCGAAGAAGACAAACUGAUCACGAUCUCGUUAAGCGACAGCAUCGAGGGCAACACUAGUAGCAACUAUGUCGAUGAGACGAAGCAGCUCUAUUAUCGGGACGAGUUCAGCAAAAAUGUCCAAGACUGGAACGCUUUGAGAGUCGGCAGCGUGGAGAUGGCGUUGACGCGUAUGGUUAUACCCAGCCUGAAGAAAGAACUUAGAACGAAUCUAAUCGCGGAAGCUAAGGAAUGCGUGAUGAGAGCGUGCUGCCGUAAAAUGUACAAUUGGAUCAAAGUGGCUCCGUUCACCUGCGAGCUGCCGGAAGAGGAGGACGAGGAAUGGGACACCAGCAAAGGACUUCGCGUGAUGGGUUUGGCGUACGUUCCUGAUUACUCUCAGGCCGCGUUCACCUGCCUCAUAGCCCCGGACGGCGAGUGUACCGAUUACCUGAGACUACCGCAUCUGAUGAAACGGAAGAACAGCUACCGGGAAGACGAGAAAGUCAUGAAGGAAGCCGACCUGUUGGCCCUGAGAAAUUUCCUAGCCACGAAGAAGCCACACGUGGUGGUGAUCGGAGGCGAGUCUAGGGAGGCGAUGAUGAUCGCGGCCGACGUUAAGGAAUGCAUUGCGACCCUGGCGGAGGAGGAACAGUUCCCGGCUAUUCAAGUCGAGAUUUGCGACAACGAACUGGCCAAAAUCUAUUCGAACAGUAACAAGGGCGUGUCCGAAUUCCGGGACUAUCCGGAGCUGUUGCGGCAGGCGAUCUCAUUGGCCAGACGAAUGCAAGAUCCUCUGGUCGAGUUCUCUCAACUGUGCACCGCCGACGAGGAGAUCCUCUGUUUGAAGUACCACAGCUUGCAGGAUCAAUUGCCGAAGGACGAGCUCCUCGAAAACCUGUAUCUAGAGUUCGUUAACAGGGUGAACGAGGUCGGUGUCGACGUGAACAAGGCGGUACAGCAAGCCUAUUGUGGGAACCUGGUGCAAUUCGUAUGCGGUCUCGGCCCGAGGAAAGGCCAAGCGUUGAUCAAAAUGCUGAAGCAAACCAACCAAAGGUUAGAGAACAGAACGCAGCUGGUGACCGCUUGUCACAUGGGGCCCAAGGUUUUUAUUAAUUGCGCGGGUUUUAUCAAGAUAGAUACGAAUAGCUUGGGAGACAGCACCGAAGCGUACGUGGAGGUGCUCGAUGGGUCCCGUGUGCAUCCAGAGACCUAUGAAUGGGCGAGGAAAAUGGCUGUCGACGCGCUCGAGUACGAUGACGAGGACGCGAACCCCGCCGGUGCUCUCGAAGAGAUCCUCGAGUCGCCCGAGAGGCUGAAGGACUUGGAUCUCGACGCGUUUGCGGAGGAGCUCGAAAGACAGGGAUUCGGUAACAAGUGCGUCACACUCUACGACAUUAGGGCAGAGCUGAAUUGUCGUUACAAAGAUCUGCGAGUGCCGUAUCAGUCGCCGAGCGCGGAGAGAUUGUUCGAUAUUCUGACCAAGGAGACGCCAGAAACAUUCUAUGUGGGCAAACUGGUCCUGGCAACCGUCGUGGGUAUCAGCCAUAGGAAACCUCAGGGCGAUCAACUCGACCAGGCGAAUCCCGUAAGAAACGACGAGACUGGUCUUUGGCAGUGCCCGUUCUGCUUGAAGAACGACUUCCCCGAGCUCUCCGAGGUCUGGAAUCAUUUUGACGCCGGUGCUUGCCCCGGUAAAGCAACCGGCGUCAGGUUGAGGCUGGACAACGGGAUAUCCGGCUACAUUCACAUUAAGAACUUGUCCGACAGACACGUCGCCAAUCCCGAGGAAAGAGUCAGCAUAGGGCAGAUCAUUCAUUGCCGCAUCAUCAAAAUCGAGGUCGAACGAUUCAGCGUUGAGUGCACCAGCAAGAGUAGCGAUCUAGCAGACAAGAACCAUGAAUGGAGACCGCAACGCGAUCCUUUUUACGACACCGAGACGGAGCAGAAGGACGUCAAGGUCGAGGAGGAUGCGAAGAAGGCGAAACAACGACAAACUUACGUGAAGCGAGUGAUCGUCCAUCCGUCUUUCCACAAUAUCAGUUUCGCGGAAGCAGAGAAAUUGAUGCAGACCAUGAAGCAAGGUGAAGCAAUCGUCAGACCGAGCAGCAAGGGUGCUGACCAUUUGACGGUCACGUGGAAGGUCACCGACGAAGUCUACCAACACAUCGACGUUAGGGAAGAAGGAAAAGAAAAUGCGUUCUCGUUGGGACAAAGCUUAUGGAUCGGGAACGAAGAGUUCGAAGAUCUGGAUGAGAUAAUAGCGAGGCACGUGAACCCGAUGGCCGCGUAUGCCUCAGAGUUGUUGGACUUCAAGUACUACAAACUUACCGUGGAGGGUAUUAAAGACAAGGCCGAGGAAAUACUGAAGGAGCAAAAGAAAGAGAAUCCUGGAGGAAUACCGUACAUAAUAUCCGCUGCCAAGAAUUAUCCUGGUAAAUUCCUAUUAUCCUACUUGCCGCGAACUCGGUGUCGCCACGAGUACGUCACAGUGUCGCCGGAAGGAUUUCGAUUCCGAGGACAAAUGUUCGGUAGAGUGAACGACCUGUUUCGCUGGUUCAAGGAGCAUUUCAGAGAUCCGGUGCCAGGACAAUCGACUCCUAGCACUCCACGUGGUGCAAUGACUUCCAGAACACCUUACCACACUACUCCGGGAGCAGUAAGCGGAAUGAAUCAAGAAGCGAUACAAAGAGUAGCCCAAAAUCUUCCUCAUCACAUGCUACACUCUCUGUCACAAGUGGCAAACCAAACUCCACAUCACUAUCCACCACAUACUCCGGGAACCGCAAGCGUGGCUGGUUACGGUGGUGUUCACACCUACCCGAACACACCAUACACGCCAUCCGGGCAAACGCCAUUCAUGACACCGUACCAGACGCCGCAUCACACUCCACACCAUGGUCAACCGACUCCCAGAUAUGGACAGCAGACGCCUAAUCAUCAACAGGGUCCCUUCGUUCAUCCACCUCCUCCCUCGGUCGCCACUCCAGGUCACCAUAGGUCCACCCCAUCGCACAGACCUACGCCUCCUAUGUCGACACCUGGCGACCCGAUGGAUUGGAAAAAGGCAGCCGAGGCCUGGGCGAGAUUGAAAACUGGCCCCCGAAUGUCCAGCUCGACGCCAAGAUAUGAGGAAUCGAGGAAAACCCCGCGAAACUAUGAAGAAUCCGUCGGUAGAACAACCCCACGAAACAGAACAUCGACGCGCACACCAUCUUACAAAUCUCCACGGGGAACGCCGCAUACUAAUUCUAGUCCUCGGAGUAUGUCUCUCAGCGGAGACGGUACUCCCCUGUACGAUGAAAGCUAACGGAUUAGUUUCUGCUUAAUACUUCAUGCUUUCGAUAAUAUUAUUCGGCCCCGAUAUAAAAAAAAGGUGCAAUACAGAAAAGUCCGCAAGCGAAUUGGAAAUUACAGGGCAUCUUGUCUAAUCGAAGAUUCGAUCGCCCGUAGCUGGUGAGCAUCUAUCGUCUUGUAUAAACAAAAAGAAUGGCGAAGCCAUUUACAAAGUUACUAUACUCAUGAAUAAAUCAUUAUCUUCCCCUGCACAUUUAUAUACUUAGGAGAGUGAUACUGGCUACAUACUAAAAUGGCAUGCUACGUAUAUAUACGUAUAUAUACGCAUAUGUACAUAUAAGGCGUCGUUUGAGUUCUCUGAUUACGUUUAAACGUAUCCAUAAUUGUACGGUUUGAAAAACCGUGAACCCCUUUUAUUAAAAUCUUAUUCGUCACUGUACUAUCGCAUAUCGAUUUACAACUUAGUACCUAUAACACAUUCUCAAUUUUAACUUUACUGACGCUAAGUUAUUGUACAUUUCUUAUGUUACUGGCUUAGGAAUGGAAUAUAUUUCUUACGUGCUUUAUACAAUUGUUAAGUUACAUUAUUGAACAAUAAAAAUAGUCUACACAUUAUUUCAUAUGUUGCAAUAAGCUUUAAUACGUACGUCUCGUUUCCAUUGAAACGAGGCAAAUGCAUUUUACCAUAAAGACGGAAAAUGAUCAAUUUCUAUGAUUAAGAUGUACAGAUUUUUUGUGUAUGUUUUAUUCACGAAAUACAUAUAAAACUUUACAUUA